UUUGCUUUUUUCGAGUUUCGCUAGACUGCAUUUAUCAUUCUUUGUUUUGAUAAUAAUUUAUUCGUAAAAUAUUCAAUAAACUAGUAUCUACGUAAAGUAUUUACAAAUUAUGACGAUAUAAGUUUGUAGACUGAUACUUUAUUUGUUUAUUGCCAAUCUACUGUGAUUACUUUAUUUUCAUAUGGAUAACCAAAAUAAUGCUAUAUUAGUAAACUGUCAUAUCAAGAUUUAUAGAAAAGGGCUAAGGAUUAUAUGAGCUUCGUAAUAGAAGCAUGCUGUCGUACGAAUUAGUCGCUGUUAUAACACUAAUAACUGUAUGCGUCGCUGAAAAUGAUCAAUAUUCAAAAGAUUCCGAACCAUUUCGACCAUUGGGUCCUUUAGUAAAAUGUAGUUUCUUACCUCUAGAGUUCCUGGACUGUGAUGAACCUGUUGAUCAUAAGGGAAAUGAAACAGCAAAGAAAUCUGUCAAACAUGGCUGUGUUAAAUUUGGUGGUGUUAGAUAUGAAGAUGUGGAACGAACGAAGGUUCAAUGUAAGGCUCUUGACGGGAUUGAGUGCUAUGGCAGUAGAAGUUUUCUACGUGAUGGGUUCCCUUGUGUCAGAUAUUCAGGCCAUUACUUCACAACAACAUUAAUAUACAGUAUUUUACUUGGAUUUCUUGGUAUGGACAGAUUCUGCUUAGGACAAACAGGUACAGCUGUUGGAAAGUUACUCACAUUAGGAGGUCUUGGUAUAUGGUGGAUUGUGGAUAUUGUUUUAUUAAUUACCAAUAACUUGCACCCUGAAGAUGGGAGUAAUUGGAACCCAUAUGUCUAGAUUAUAAUUAUAGUUCACAUACUUCUUGUUUGAUAACAGAUAAAGAAGUGUUUAAAAAUAUUGCAAUAAGUUGAAUUUUGAACAGUUAAAUUAUCUCAUUUGUUGAACUUAUACUAUUGUUUUUCCAAUUUAUGAUAAAUUAAACAUUAAAACAUU